UGAAACGUAAAAAGAUGAAAAAAAAAAGAAAAAGGAAAAAGAAAAAAGGAAAAUCUUCACCGAAGGCAAUGGCGGCGGCGGCGGAGGCGGAGGAGGAGGUGCGGCAGGAGGUGGAGGCGGUGGCGUCGGUGUACGGCGACGACUGCCGCGUGGUGCGCGGCUUCCCUCCCCACCUCGUCGUCCACGUCCGCCCCCGCACCGCCGACGACUCCUCGCAGCAGUUCGUGGAGCUAUUUCUUGGAAUUAAAGCAUCUUCUCAGUAUCCAAAAGCACCUCCUCAUGUUUAUGCCGUGGAAAGUAAGGGCCUUGAUGAGAAUCGACAGGUGUAUCUUAUUAGCAGCAUCCAGAACAAGGCAAGAGAACUUUCCUGCUACCCGAUGCUUGUGACGCUGUGUGAGGAAGCUGUGGAGAUGCUCUCAAAUAUGAAUCAUCCAGCUGGGGAUUGCCCACUUUGUCUAUAUCCUUUAGUCAAAGAGAAUGAUGGUUCUGCUUUGCCAUUUAUGAAGUUGAUGUCGUGCUACCACUGCUUCCACAGUGACUGCAUUAUGAGAUGGUGGGAAUGGCUACAGAAUGAUGAUACUGACUCGAAGAAGAGUAGUACAGCAGCAACUACUGAAGUUAUUCAUGCUUCUGAAGGAUUGGAUUUGUCCAGCUCAGCUAAGCAUCACAAUGUAAGUCAGCACAAAGGACUAUGUCCAGUUUGCCGCAAAGUGUUUGAUGAGAAGGAUAUUGAGCAUGUUCGUGAUCUGCUAGGUGCAAAUACUUCUCAACUGGCAUCUUUAUCGAUUGAUCUGGACGAAGAUGAAAAAGAAGUACUUCAUUCUGAGUCAGAGAAGAUCCGUCAAGAAAAGUUCGCAUCGCUGUUCAAUCUACAACAAGAACGAAAUGGCCUGAUUGAACCAAAGAAAGACCUUUCCAUACAGCCUGGAAUGUACAUCCCUCGUCCUCCCAGCGCGCCUACUGCUUCCGAAGGAGACACCGUUGAUGAUUCUUGUGAAGACACCACAACUUCAACCUCAGGAACGGAGCCACUCAACCAGACAAACAGCACUGGUGGUACCACCAAGCACAACAGCAGUUCAGGUCAUCGAAGGAGACAUCGAUCUCAUGCUUCAAGAAGACAACCACAUGGGCAAGGGCAACCUGCUAGGCAACAAUGGCAGAGGAAAGGCGGAGACACUUCACACCAAUAGCAGGAAAGGUUGUGGGAGGUUUGUUUUUUGUCGGUUAUAAUCGCAAGCCUGGUACCAAUUCUAUGUUUCAUGCCUCACUAUCAGACGGCUCAUAACAUGGCAGAAUUAUCCAAUGCUGUUGUUAUGACUAAGAGUAUAUUAUAGUUUUAAACUCGGUUCAUGUCACUGCUGCGAAACUGAAGCUACUAGCCACUGUAUACACAUCAAUUUGACUUUGCAUAUCACUGUUGUGACUCGUGAGAGAUCUGGCUAGCACGUACUUAUGUUCAGCCAAAUUCUUCAAACUGGAUGCAAUUGAAGCACCUGGUGUUUAUAAGAAACUUUUUGUGCUAUUAGCAUCAA